GUUAAAAUAAAAUUGAAAAUUAUGGCUACAAGCGAAACUACGGAACCUGAAAAAAAUCCUUACGCGUAUCUCGACAGAGAUGAUUUUACAUCGGAAAGAUACAAGAUCGAGGUACGCGGUUUACCAAAAUAUUAUGGGAUAGGUGAAUUUAAAAAGCUUCUAAACGAGAAGCUGGAGUUGCAAAUAUGCAAGAUAAAACCACCGAAACGAAGCAGCGGAUGGAUUUACGUGUCUUUCAGAAACGAAGAAAGUCGUCAGAAAGCUAUAGAAAAGUUGAAUGGAAUUUUAUGGAAAAAUUGUAAGCUUAAUGCUCAGAUAGCUAAACCAGCUCCAGAUCCUUUUAUAAAAAGAAAACUAGAACAAGAAACCGAACGUAAACGUCUAAAAGUAGACGAAGAUGCUCAGAGUAUUUCUAUAGAAGACAAAGUUAAAUUCACUACAACACCACUUUGGGAUGUGCCUUAUUCAAGUCAAUUGGAAUUAAAACAGAAAGAAAUGAGACAUAUCUUAACAAAUAUUUGUAAUCAAAUGUUGAACGAAAGCAGGAAGGAUGUCCUAGAUUGGCUCAAACAACAAAAAGAAAAAUAUGAAGGCCUACCUUGUGAAUUGCUUCCCAUUCUCAGCACAGAAGUAACCACGGGUUAUAGAAAUAAAUGCGAAUUUACAGUUGGCAGAAGUACAGAAAAGAAUAAAGUUACAAUAGGCUUUAGAUUAUCUAGUUACGCCGCUGGUUCUACAGCGGUGGGACCCAUAGACCAUCUCUGUCACAUUCCUGAUAAAAUGAAAGCCGUGGUCAAAGUUCUAGAAGAGUUCAUGCAAGAUUCUGAACUGAAACCUUUUGAACCGGUCGAUCACACCGGUUACUGGAGACAAGUUACCGUCAGAACCACUCUUGGCAGUGAUCUGAUGGUAAUAGUGGCUGUGCAUCCUCAAGACCUGACUUCAGAAAAACUGGACGAGAUAAAAUUGCAACUUAAACAAUUUUUUGAAACUGGAAAGGGUGCAGAGGUUCACGUAACAUCCUUAUAUUUCCAAAUAAUGAAUAAAAAAAGCGCAGAUUCAAAAGGAGGAGAUAAUUAUUUCCACAUCAGCGGAACAAGAUACAUAGAGGAAACCUUGUUGGGCAUGAAAUUCCGCGUCUCUCCUCAAGCGUUCUUCCAAGUGAACACAAUAGGCGCUCAAGAACUAUACAAAGCAGCGAUCGACUUAGCAAAACCCACCGCGGACACCGCACUGUUGGACAUCUGCUGCGGCACAGGAACAAUAGCUCUCGCAUUCUCAAAGUACUGCAGCGAGGUGUUCGGAGUGGAAGUAGUGGAGGAUGCUAUUGAGGACGCUAAGGAGAACGCUGUCGCGAAUCAGAUAACAAACUGCGAGUUCUUCGUCGGCAAAGCGGAAGACAUACUGUCUCCGAUUAUACACAGAACCACGAAACCCGAUGUCAUCGCUGUGGUGGAUCCUCCACGAGCUGGGCUCCAUCAGAGAGCGUUGUUGUCUCUACGCAAGGCGAGAAAGUUGUCCAGACUAAUUUACGUCUCCUGCGACCCUCGAGCUGCGGCGAAGAACCUGGUGGACCUUGCGAGGCCCACGUCGAAGCAGUACAUCGGCGAGCCGCUGGUUCCUGUAAAGGCAGUGGCCGUGGACAUGUUUCCACACACGAAGCACUGCGAACUGGUGCUGUGUCUGGAAAGGUUGUCCGCGGUCAGGGGGGACAGCGACUCGACCCAAUAAAUAAAAGCACCGUUCUCCGUACACGUAA